CCAACGCUGAUUGGAGGAGAGCAGAGGGAAGGGCGGAAAUAUAGGGCCGACCGAACCGUGGAGCAGUCAGUAAAGAACCGAGCUGUACGCGGAGAGACAAUACAAGUGAUAAACGGGAGGAACUUGUCGGACUAUACCGGGAGACAACAAAACAAAACACGGAGAGACUUGAGGAAAAGAAGAAACACUAACUCGCCGCACUGGUUUUAAAAUCUCUGCGAAGCCAACGUUCAAACGACUGUUAUUUUUCGAAGUCACGGUACCUAAAAUGAGAACCAUGCUGAGUAUCUGCCUCGUGCUCGUUCUGUCGGCCUCAGCUCUGUCAGAGUCGCAGGUGAGGGAGACGGAGACGUGGAUGCCCAUGAAGACCACGCAGACGGUCGCCAUGUCGACGCGCCACAACAGCAUGGAGUCCUCAGGGGACUCGCCCAACGGCUCCGACUUUGGCUUCACAAACGGUGAAGACGAUGAAACGGAGUAUGGCGAUGAGGAGGAGGAAGACGAAGAAGACGACUACAAUGAGUUCUCCGGGUCCGGGGACGGAGUAACCACUGUGUCGCCUCUGGGGGAGUCCAAGCCGUCUGUUCAGCCCGACGUCAACGACAACAAGAUCCCGGAGGUGCGGUCUCCGACGAGACCGGCUGUGGACCAGGAGGACACCGUCAAGGGCGACAACGAGAUCCCAACGCUGACGAAGGAGGCAGAGUCCCCCAACGAGCACCCGUCCAACGUCCUCAUGGCCCAUGCCGGGGACGACAGCAUCUUCGCCAAGACGGAGGUCUUCGCAGCUCUGAUCGCGGGCGGCGCCGUCGGCCUGAUGUUAGCCGUGCUCUUGAUCCUCCUCCUCAUCUACCGCAUGAAGAAGAAGGACGAGGGCAGCUACGACCUGGGGAAGAAGCCCAUCUACAAGAAAGCCCCCACCACAGAGAUCUACGCAUAGAAGCGCGCACACACACACACACACACACACACACACACACACACACACACACCUGAACCCCUUAAGAAGCCAAUCAGCCUCACAGUGCCUCGCCAUCAUCUUCAUCGUACCUCCUCACCUUGGCGCGGCGCUCGUUGUCUGGAGAGAAGCCCCGACCACGCCAGCGAUUGACUGACUCCUCCCACCUGAUGCUUACUUUUGUUGCCGGCGCGUCCCACUCCCGGCCAAUCGGAGGUUCUGUUUGGGGCUUCUCCCCGUUUUCGUUUUUGUCCAAUCAGAGGAACAUGUUUAGAGAAGAAAAAAAAAGAGAAACAAACUACAGAAGGUACAAGUGAGGACUUCCAGCCCCCCCCCCCCCCCUCCUGUUAAAAACACUAAACGCUGUGCAAUGAUUCUAUGUCUCGGUACGGUAAAGUCCGGUUAUUUAUUUUACCCUCUGUGAUCCUCCUUUAGAGAAAAAUGACCUAUGUGAAUGCUUUUUAUUGCAAUUUUGUUUUCUUUUUUUUUCUUUAAGAACUCCUUGUAAUGCAGAGAGAUUGCCUUUAUUUUCUAUUAAAGAUUCCUUCAUGACAGGAAGUGAGCUCAA